AUGGAGGGUUUGAAUGCCCAAGACAUGCAGAAAGAGGAGCAAGAAGACAAAAGUGGCAAGAUUAGUGACUGUGUUGGUGAUAAUGCGACUAUAAAGGGCUUCUAUGAGACUAUUGGAAUGACGGUGAAGGAUAUUGGUAGCUUGAAGAAAGAUAUUAUGUUUGUCAAAAGAGCUACGGUGGGAAAGAAACCCCUGAUGGAAAAUGUUGAAGAAUUGGUUGUUGCUAUUAAUAAUGCAGAAGCCAUUGAAAGCAUGGUGCGUGUCGUUUCCUUGAAUCUCACUUCUAUGGGAUUAUUUGGCCCCAUCUCUCCCUUUCUGGGAAAUCUUUCCUUCCUUAGAGUACUCGAUCUCCAAAAUAAUAGCUUCCAGGGCCAUAUUCCAUAUCAGCUUGGAAGGCUAUUUCGCUUGAAAAGGCUUCGGUUGUCUGGUAACCAAUUAAGUGGAAGCAUUCCACCUGAAUUUAGUCUUCUUUCAAAUUUAGAAGCCAUAGGAUUAACAGGAAACAAAUUGACAGGUAUUAUCCCACCUUUCUUAGGAAACGUGUCCUUUCUAAAGAUCCUUGAUUUGUCCGUGAAUAAACUCGAAGGUGAUAUUCCUGCUCAGUUGGGUAUGCUUAGUCAGCUAAACUGGCUUAAUCUUGGCAUCAACAACUUGAUAGGUUCGAUCCCCAUUGCCCUUUCAAAUUGCACUCGUCUCCAAACUUUGGAGCUCUGUGGUAACAACUUAAACGGCCCAAUUCCAUUGGAGUUUGGAAGGCUGUCAGAGUUGCAACAAGUGCUUUUGUGGCAAAAUCAACUUACUGGAGAAAUACCCCGCUCAGUGGGGAAUUGGACUCAGCUGGAAGUGCUGGAUUUGGAGCUCAACCAACUCAGCGGCACAGUGCCUCUGGAAUUUGGUAAAAUGAAAGGGCUGAGACGGUUUAGCUUGUGGGAAAAUCAAUUUGUGAGUCGAAGCAUUGGUCGCCUUCCAAAUUCACUCUCAUAUUUAGGUUUGGCAUCAAAUAAAAUUGGGGGAAACAUACCAGAUGAGAUUGGUAAUCUCACAAAUUUGUCGUUGUUAAGCUUGGAGGAAAACAGAAUCAAUGGGACAAUUCCAUCUGCACUGGGUAAACUUUCAAAUCUGGAAAGAUUAUAUCUGGAGGCAAACAAUUUACAGGGAAGAAUUCCAGAAAGUUUUGGCCAAUCAAAAAGGCUUGGAUUGUUGUCACUUAGUGAGAACAUGCUUUCAGGGAAAAUUCCAGAUGGUCUUGACAACCUUCCGCAAUUAAGAAUGCUUGACCUUCAUCACAAUCACCUGACAGGGGAAAUGCCUGCCAGUUUAGGGAGAUGUCAGACAUUGGAGAUGGUGGAUUUUGCCCACAACAAACUAACAGGAAAUAUACCUCCUGAAGUUGCAGGUCUUCAAAAUCUCCAGGCUUAUUUGAAUAUUUCCAACAACUUCUUGCAAGGUUCUAUUUUGGAGAUGAGCAAAAUGGUUAUGGUUUUAGCUAUAGAUGUUUCUCAAAACAAUUUUUCAGGUGCCAUUCCUAGUGCACUGGCAAGCUGCAAGGGCUUAGAAUAUCUAAAUCUUUCUUGGAAUGCAUUUGAGGGGCCAAUCCCCACAUCUCUGGUAGAUUUGCCAAAUCUGCAAUACAUGGAUCUUUCUCACAAUAAUUUGUCAGGUAUGAUACCAACGACUUUCAAAAAAGAUGAAAAUGCUACGGCAUCUCAAUCUCUCUUCAAACAGGCUAACGGAUCAUAUAGACGUUCCAAUACUUCUGCCCUCAAAGUAUGGCCUCCAAAAAUUUCAUAUGAAGAACUUGUAGAUGCAACUGUUCUCAAGUUACAAGAUGAACAUGUUCAUCAAAGCUUCAGUAGAGAAUGCAAUGUUUUAAAGACAGUUCGACACCGCAAUGUAAUUAGAAUCAUUUCAGCAUGCUCCAAACUUGAUUUUAAAGCUUUGAUUCUUCCAUUCAUGUCAAAUGGAAGUUUAGACAGAUGGUUGUAUCACCCGGAAGAUGGUAGAUGCAGAUUAAAUUUGAGUGAUCGAAUAAGGAUAGCGAUAGAGAUAGCAGAAGGAAUGACAUAUCUUCACCAUUAUUGCUUUGUUCAAGUGAUUCACUGUGACCUCAAGCCCAAUAAUGUUUUGUUAGGAGAUGACAUGACUUCAUAUAUAGCAGAUUUUGGCCUUUCCAAUAUUAUUUUUGGCAAUUCUAUGGAUUCUUUGACUUCUAUAGAUGCACUUAAAGGAUCUAUUGGCUACAUUGCACCAGAAUAUGGAAUAGGUGGAAAGCUUACUACAAAAGGAGAUGUAUACAGCUAUGGAAUUUUAAUUCUAGAGUUGUUGACAAGGAAGAGACCAACAGAUGAUAUGUUCACUGAAGGAAUCAAUCUACAAAAAUGGAUAGAAAUGCAUUUUCCAGAUAGAAUCUUCGAUGUGGUGGAUAAUUGUUUUCUUCUAGAUGCUUAUGAAUUAGAGACAUCAAUUGUGACAGAAUGCCUUACUCAGCUUAUACAAAUUGGUCUCUUUUGCACAAGGGAGUCACCUCAAGAGCGACCUAAUAUGACCGAUAUAGUUGAUAGAUUAAAUACGAUCAGAGGUGUGUUUCUUGGUACCCCUAUAACCCCUCAAUUACCAAUAGACAUCUCCUCACCUUUUCUUGACAAUACAAGAGGUAUAAAUGUGUCUGGUGUAGGGAACAAUGAAGAUUCAUUGACAUCUACUUCCUAG